AUGGCAUCCCCCUUGACCAACUACAUCGCCUUUGUGCGUCCUGACCUUAAAGUCCCGCGCAUCGGUCACCUCAAUUGGGACGAUACCACCAUCCAACCUCUCUCCUUUGCCUCUGGCACGCCGCUAGAAAGCCUAUACCAAGUUAUCCAAGCAGGACAGGAAAACCUCAAACCAACCGGUCGUCCUAUCCCCCUCAACACCGUCCAAAUUCUCCCUCCGAUCAGCGGCCGGGAUAUCCUAGCAGUUGGAAAGAACUAUGCAGAGCAUGCCGUCGAGUUCAACAAGUCCGGAUAUGACAGCUCCGAUAAAGUUGACCAGCCGACACAUCCUGUCCUGUUUACCAAGCGUGCGACUUCCAUCGUGGGUCAUGGACAUCCCAUUGCCCUCCAUCGGAACUUUACGCAGACGCUGGAUUAUGAGGGAGAGCUGGGCGUGAUUAUUGGGAAGGCUGGCUUCGAUGUUAGAAAGGAAAACGCCAUGGAGUAUGUCUGGGGAUAUACUAUUAUCAAUGAUGUGACAGCUAGAGAACGGCAACGUGAUCACAAACAGUUCUUCAUUGGCAAGUCCGGUGAUACUUAUUGCCCAAUGGGACCGGUUGCCGUACCCUCGAGCAAGCUUCCGGAUGUCCUCACCGUCCAAACCUUUGUCAAUGGUCAAGAGAGACAGAACGCAACCACCAACGAUUUGAUCUUCUCUGUCCCUACUCUGAUCGAAACUGUCUCACGCGGCACGACGAUUCAACCGGGAGAUGUCAUUGCUACCGGAACUCCAGCGGGAGUCGGCUUUGGACAGAAACCCCCCGUGUUCCUUAAUCCCGGAGACGAAGUCACGGUGUCCAUCUCCGGCCUGGGCCAACUCAAAAACGAGAUCAUAGAAAGAGACCCGCUUACAUCGCUGGCACCCGCUCCCAGUGACCUGACACUGCCAUCCAACAACGCUUCCAAAGCCAUCACCGGCGGCUGUCUGACCCAGAUCAAUGGCAAGCCACUCUACUACAAGAAGCAUGGCACCGGGGGUAGCCCGAUUGUGUUCGUGCACGGCUUGGGCGGCUCAUCGGAAUUCUACACGUCGUUGAUUAACUCCCUUGGUCUCGACAAGUCGCAUGAGCUGCACCUCGCUGAUCUGGAAGGACAUGGGCUAUCACCAACAUCUCCUUUGUCCGUCAUCAGCAUUGAAUCCCUUGCCAGUGAUCUAGCCGGCGUCUUCGACGUCGCUGGCCUCUCAUCUACUUCGGGUACAACACUGGUAGCUCACUCAAUGGGCUGUCUCGUGGCCUUGCAAUUCGCCAUCAAACAUCCCGACCUAGUCCACAAACUCAUUCUCCUCGGUCCAGCACCCAACCCUCUACCGGACCCCGCGGUCAAUGCAUUCAACGACCGCGCGGAGCUAGUCCGCGAGAAAGGUAUACUUGCAGUAGUCGAUGCGGUUUGCGCAUCUGGCACUUCUACCAGAACGAAAGCGUCUGGCGUUGGACUCACGGCUGUUCGACUCUCGCUGCUCGCGACUGAGCCCGAGUCUUACGCAAAGGCGUGUAUGGCUUUGGCUGCGAGUAAGCCGUUACCUGUCGAAUUUAUUAAGUGCGAGACUUUGAUAAUCACCGGUGACGAGGACAAAGUUAGUCCUCCGGCUUUGUGUACUUCUUAUUCUCAGAGGAUUUCUCAGAGCUUGCCGCCGAUUGUCCUCAAGGAUGUCGGGCAUUGGCAUGUAUUUGAAGAUGUGGAUGGAGUUGCCACUGCUGUGCAAAGUUUUUUUGUAAAGAUAAAAGAUUUAGAAUUAGAUAGAUAG